CACGCGCACACGCGCGAGCAAUAGUUACCCCGCGUGGACGUCGGUAUAAAACAGAAGCGCCAGGUUCAGACAAGAGUCUACGUAAAGAGGAUUUGUUGUGUGAGGAGCGUGAGGAGAGCAGGAGAGCAUCCAGAAAUGAGUAGAUUUACUAAAACCCACAUGACCUCCCCCAUGUACUUCCCAAGCAUGGGUACAGCCCCUUUCUUUAAGGUGACUGUGUUUGAGCGGGAGCAUUUCCAGGGCAAGUGUAUGGAGUUCACUUCAGAGUGCUGCAACAUCCACAACUGCGGCCUGGAUAACAUCCGCUCCAUCCGGGUGGAGAGUGGAGCUUGGGUUGGAUUCGAGCACCAUGACUUCCAGGGCCAGCAGUUCAUCCUGGAGAGGGGCGAGUACCCCAACUGGGACGCCUACAGUGGCUCCCUGUCCUACCACAACGAGCACUUCAUGUCCUUUCGCCCGAUCUACUGCGCUUCUCACCAGAGCAGCCGUAUGAUGAUCUUCGAGAGGGAGAACUUCAUGGGCCGCAGCACCGAGCUGUGCGACGACUUCCCCUCCCUGAAGGCCAUGGGCUGGCUCACGUCCGAGGUGGGCUCCAUGCACGUGCAGUGUGGAGCCUUUGUGUGCUAUGAGUACCCGGGCUACAGGGGCCAGCAGUACAUCAUGGAGAGUGAGAAACACAGCGGAGACUAUCAGCACUGGAGGAACUGGGGCUCCCACUGCCAGACACCAAAGAUCCAGUCCAUCAGACGCAUCAGGCACUGAGAAGAAACGGAUCAGGACUGACCGGCUCAGGCUAACACCUGGACGCUGUGCUUUAGGGGCCUGACUAAUGGCCCAGAAGCCUGAACUUUUAGCUUUGGUUCUGGGUUUAAGGCUUCAACUACAACUCUAACCAUCAGUGACGUAGCAGCUACCUCUUUAUCCCAGAUCAUAUUCAUA